AAUGGUUCGCGAUGUGGACGCAGCUGCUAUGUGAAUUCCAAAAAGCCAAAAUAAUAAAAUUAAUUUGACUAAGUCACGUUCAUUUAGUUUGACCAAAAAUUACCUCAAAAUUUUAAACGUUUUUUUCUAUUUUUUAUCGGGAAGUAUAGUCCAAAAGGAUAUUCUUAGGCAUCAAUUUUGGGUGAAAAAAAUUGGUUCACAAUUCGACUUAGCGAAAUUCGAAUUUCUCUGUCGAAAAAUCUAAGAUCUAGGCCUCGAUUUGUGUGAAGUUUUUUAUUUGGACUUUUUUUGUCUCUUUAUGAGCGGCAUAACCUCAAAAGCAAGUGCUUACUCUGAAACAAAAAGCCUCUGAGCAACAAUCAUAACAAAAGGAUGAUCAACUCUUUUUCCUCAAUUACUGUGUUAUUUUGAGUAAUUUUAAUCUCUGAAAACAUAAAAAUACCCAAAAAUAAUCUUCAACACCCUAAGAAUACAAAUUACUGCAGAAGCAUUGAUAACAUAACCGUCGGGGAUUGUUUACUCCUCUAAAAAAAAUGGUGAAAAUAGCCUUGAACAUCAAAGCGAACCUCGACAACAUCGAGGAAUUAAAACCUUGUGGCCCAGACUUCCGUUGGUGUGUGCAAUUCACGUGCUCAAACUGCGGAGAAAAAUCCGACAAGUGGAACUACAUCUCCCUGAGCGAUCAAGUCCCGGCUGAGCAUGGACGAGACGUCUUUCACUUCUCCUGCAAGUGUAAAUUGUGCUCUCGUGUGAAUACCGUGACAAUCCUGGGAGAUUCAGUGAAAUCGUACGGGGUUGAGGACCUGGAGAAAUUCAAGAGGAUUGUAGUGUUCGACUGUCGAGGAAUCGAGCCCUCGAAUUUUUCAGCCAGGGAGGGCUGGAUUGCCAAGGCCAUUGAUGGUGGGAAAGAGUUCAGGGAUGUGGAUUUGAGCGAGGGAGAGUGGGCAGAUUAUUGUGAUAAAAUACAACAGCCUGUGGGGAUUUAUGAAAUUGAACACAAUUUCGAGAGGAUUAAGUGAAGGAAUUGGGUAAUAAUUAAAUCCAAUAGCAAUUGAAGUAUGACUUGUUAUUUUGUAAUGCAAUAAAUGCAACUAUUUUAAUGCUAAUCAAAAAGUUUAAUCCAAAAAAAUACUUUUUCACUAAAUGAACGGAAUUAUUUGGAAUAAUCUGUUAAAUAGGAAAGGUACUAUCGAUAUGGAGAAAUAAAUGUUCUCAAUCCA